UUUUUUUUUUUGGUAUUUCAAUAGAUCUUCUGUGCCUGCCUGUUGCGAUUUUGAUUUUCUAUAAAACAGAAUAGAUACGAAAUGAAUAACAUUACAAAUAAGCUGCCGUUGGUUAAUAAAUGUAUAUUUAAAAAUAACAAUAAUUGUUUGUCAAGAUGGACUAUUGUUUUGCAAAGUAGAGACUAUUCCAGACCAACUAGUUUCCCAGAUUAUUUCCAGAACCCAAUAUUUAGGAAAGAAGAUCAGGCAAAACUUAUUGAAACUGGAGAGCUGUCGAAGUUUGCUGCUGUUCCCGUGAAACCGCCUGCAGUGUACGAGACAUCGUCAGUCUAUCAUGACCCACUUGUCAACAAAGUCAUUAAUCACAUUAUGGAAAUGGGGAAGAAACAACUGGCACGAAGUCUUCUUGAAAAGUCUUUCGAAAAUAUAAAGAGGAUACAAAUUGAGAGAUACCACCUUGCAAGUACGCCUGAAGCAAAAGCAAAGAUUGAAUUGAGCCCAAAGGAAAUCUUACACAAAGCUAUUGCAAAUGCCAAGCCUCUGUUGCAGUUGCAACCAAUUAAAAGAGGUGGUAUUACAUACCAGGUACCUGGCCCCAUAACUGAAAAGAGAUCUUUGUUUCUUGCAAUUAAAUGGCUUUUGGAAGCCACAUAUGAGAAGGAAAGAACUGUUCAUUUUCCCGAACAAUUUGCUUGGGAACUUCUGGAGGCUGCCAACAACACAGGAAAGGUUGUAAAGAGGAAACAAGAUUUACACAGGCAGUGCGAGGCCAACAGGGCAUAUGCUCAUUAUAGGUGGCAAUAGGUUUACCAAAUGUUAUUAUGAUGUAUUUGUAAAAUAUAAUUAGUUUCUACAUAGCA